AUGUCCGACAGUGACGAUGGGAACCCGGCCCCAGGGGGCCGGGAGAGUCCUGUGGGCAUGGCGGGGGCCUGGGUCGGGGCAGAUGGAGAUCAGGAUGCCCUGAUCCUCAACUCCGUGCCCCAGGGUGGCGGGGGGGACGCAGCCGCCUCCAUGGUGGCAGCAGAAGUUGCAGAGCCCAUGGAGAGCCUGAGGGAGGAGGCCGGGGCAGUGGGAAACCCCGAGGGAGGUGCCAAUAAUGAGGAUUCUGACAUUGGCCCAGCUGAGGAGGAGGAGAACAUGGGGCCAGGCCCAGAGAUGGCAGUAGAUGCCCACCAGUUCCCCAUGGAGGGCUUUCGCUUAAUGUUCCUGAACCUCUUGCACACGCUGCUACACCGCAUGCACUACAACAACCAUAUCCUCAUGCAUCCCCGCGGCAUCCGCAGGAUGUCCCGGUCCAGGCAUCAGAGAUCUGGACGUGUGGCCCAGAUUCGUGUGCUUUUGAUGUCCGGGGGCUCCAGAGAACAGGUCAUAGCCAUGGUGCCGUAUGGCUCCAGAGAGAGGGUCAUAGCCAUGGUGCAUGAGUCUGCAGAUGGACCUGCGAGAUUUGGACCUGGGGUCCCGGCCCUCCCAGAACCUGAGGGCCAGGCCAGGGACAUGGCCGAGGAGUCUGCGGCUGGGGAGAUGGCAGAGGAAGAACAGGAGGAGCCCAUACAGGAAGUCGAAGCCCCCCGGGGUGAGGAUCUGGCCGAGCAGAUAGGGGAAACAACUGAAGAAGGGGCCGUGGGUGCUGAAAGUAAGGAAGACAGCGAGGCGUUGAACCAAAAACAGGAAGGACCUGAAAUGGUUGUGGAUCCAGCAGAGAGCAGAUCCAGCAAAUCCAGGUAUCUGUGUGUCGCUUUGAAUAUCACCCAGCCAUUCCUGGCAUUUACCUGUUACUGA